AUUCAGACAGGACUAGGAAAUGGCUUUAGGUCACUUACACACAUCUCUUUUGAUGACUUUUUUUUUUUUUUUUUUUUAAUUAGGUGUUCCAAGAAGGUACUUUCAUAUUCAGCAAAUUAUUUGGUCUUCUAAAUGUUAACCCCUUAACAGAAAUUCCUCAGUUUCUCCAUCACUAAUGAGUAAUUGCAGAUGCAGCUACUUUAACUCGAUCUGAUAAUCUGAGCAGUUUUUCAUUGGUUCUUGAGAUUAUCUUUAAAAUCGGGCACAGUAAGCUCUGCUUUAUUAUGCCACUGCUGCUACUGCCUGAUCAUCAAACCACACAGCCUAAACUAUCAAGGGACAGAAAGAGUGUGAAAAGUGAAGUUUCCUUUGAGCUGAUACUGUCUGGAAUGGGACAAGAUGUGCAGCAGCUGGGCCUUCACCUGUGCAUUACUGCUGUGCUACUCCUUGGUGGAGGACAAGGCAGAGAGUUCCCUGGCAGUCUCAGCUGCCUGAAUAACUAUGUGACUACUGUGAACUGCAUGUGGGCAGUGGAGGAGCCUGUGGGACAUGGACCUUUCUACCUGCACUUCACAAACCUCUGGUCAAAGGGUCAAAACGCCAGCUGCCAACUGACUGCCAGAGACAACAUGCAGAAUCAGUAUCGUUGCACAAUCCACUUAGCCAGCCAGAUCUUGGAAACAGAUGGUUAUAGAGUCUCUCUCCAAGGCAACUUCUUUGAGAGUAAUCAUACAUACAUUACCUUUCCAGAAUACAAUCCCCGCAAGCACAUAAAGCUUGAUCCACCUUUGAACAUCCAGAGCAACAUUACUGCAAGCAAGUGUCAGAUAUGGUGGAGUGUGCCUUGGUACCUCAUUGAAAUUCUUCAAUAUGAGUUGCAGUACAAGGAGUACAGCGUGUCAUGGGAGUUUGCAUUGAACAAGACACCACCAAGUUCACUACCACAAAUAGAAAUUGAAGGCACAGAGUUUCACAGUGGUAUCUCUUACAUUGCACGAGUUCGCUGCAAAGUUUCUGAAAAUGAGGAUUCGUACCAUAGUCAGUGGAGUGAGUGGAGCCAGACAACAGUGUUUCAAAGAGAAGAAGUGUCUGAAAAGCUUUUUAAUUCCAGAACUUUGCAGUUCUUGUUCAUUCCUCUGAGUUUUGGCACCCUGCUCUAUUUAUUUUGGAACCGCAAGCUUUCUUCAAGGGCAAAAAGCCUCUCCUGCUUUAACAUUCCCACACCAGCUGCUUUCUUUCAUCCACUCUAUAAUUUGCAUAAUGGGAAUUUUAAGGACUGGGUUGGACCUAAUGAAGCUUGGAAUCAACUCAGAAGAGAAGAGGCAAGCAACUCAAACAAAGUGACUAUAGAUGGAGUUUCUGAGCUAAACACUCGGGAACUGAUUUCCCAGAUUUCCUUGAAGCCUGUGGAAAGCACAAAUCUUGUUGCUGCAGAAGAAAUGUGUGCCUCUGGUCCAAGCCAGCAGUAUGUCCCCAGCAGGUAUGUAAGAGCAGAAGAGAUGGAAGUGAAGCUGGCACUAUUCUUAGCACAAAACCAUGCUGAUGAUACAGUUGGCCUGAAAAUUUCUGAAAUAAUUAAAGCCAACCUUGACAGAUCUAGCAUGGGAAGGAGUUAUCCUUCUCACUUACAGCAUGGAAAGGGUGACUUCCUUAUGCUUCAGGAAUCUUUGGAGAUGGCAAAUGUGUCCUUCAGCAAUAGUGACUAUUGCACUUUGUGUGACAAUGAUACCACAGGAGGUUUGAUUGCUGCUGAACUACUGAAGCUCUCUGAUGGUAAUGGUCUGGUCAAACAUCAGAAUGAUCAGAAUGGCCUUUCUUGAGGAAUGCUGCCCACAAAGACCUUUUGCUGCCCUCUCAUCUCACAACACUGUCUUCCCAAAUGGCUUAAAUGGUGACUGUGCAAACAAUUACAAUCAUGUAUCAUUCUUAGCUAAAUCUUUAAUUUUUCUACUUCAAUAAAAGAUUGUGACCCACUCCUCUGGCUAGCAAAUAUCCCUGACAUGGCCAGGACUGGCCACAGCAAAAUCUGCUGUCUCAGGAGAGACAUGACCAUGACCAUGCCUUUCCCCAAAUUAACCUCCUGGCAGCCACAGAAGUCCAGCAAUUCUCUAGUCUAAGGAUGCAGCAGCAGACCUGCUAUUUUUCCCCAAGAAGAGCUGUUGUAAUUGCAUGCAAGAUGAUGCUUUCCAAACUUAAUUGUGAGACAGCUGCUCUACUCUCAGCACAUAGUCCUUUCCUCACUGUAAUUCAGAUUAACUCAUCAUUUACUGUGGCCUGAAAACUAAUGCCUGCUGGACUGAGAAGCAACAAUAUUUGCAAUGUACUGAAUCAUGAUUUAAACCCAUUUGUUAUUUGAGAACUAUGUAUGACUCCUCAUAAAACCACAAUAAAUUUUUGUUUGUUUGUUUGUUUUUUCCUAAAGAUGCUAAUUUUGCUUUUUAAUGUAGAUUCUAAAUUGAUUCAAAUGGUUCAUGACUUCAUCAGAAUUUAGAAUUGCGCUAUUUAAAAAUAAUUGGGCAGUGGGCCUUGAGCUUCAUUAUUCUGAAUAGCUGUAACUUUUUAUUUUGCAGAAACUAAGCCCCAUGUACUGCUUUGAUUUUAACGUAAGUGUAUUCCAAGGUUAAUUGGCUGGGAUGAUCUAAGGGAAAAAGGUGAAAAACAAGAAUAAUACAACCAACGUUUCAUCACAAAACAGUCCAGGCCCACUGCCUCUCCAGGGAUUUUAUUUGUUCUUCAGAAUUGACUAGUCUUUUGCCUGUCUGCUUAGCAGGUACAGCCUUUCUGAGCUCAGUUUCUGGAGUUUUACUUCCUGCCUUAGAGACAGGAAUAUAUGGGUGAUUACCCACCAAACAGAUUCCUGGAGUCUUAGUUGCAUCUCCUAAGUUUAAAGGGCUCAGCAGUUGUAGCAAGCAUAAGGAGAAGUGUAUAUGUAUAUCUACACUAACUGGCAUAUGCAUACCUAGAGUUGCUCACAUUCAUUCCCUCCUUCUCUUAAGAGAAUGAGUCAUGUGUUUCUGUUGACUAUUAGCACUAAUUUUAGCAGUGCAAAGUUAGAUUUCAUUUAUAAGUAAAAAAAGUAGACUGACUAACUCUUCCCCCCCAAAAAAUGUGCUAAGCCAGAGAACUAUUGUAGGAAGUCUUCAUCUGUGAGAAAAGCAGCAAAAGAAUUAAGUGUCCGCAGCCAGCUUGGGAGACAGCCACAGGAGGUGCCAGCAGUGGUUUGUUUUCAGUGUGGUAAGCACAGGGGU